AUGCAUCCCGCCCCUACAGCGUCGCCGGGUGGUGGUGACCCGUCUGGCACCGACUUCACCUCCGAGAAGCGCGGCGGCAUGCCCGAGAGCGACACGAGCGCCGGCGAGUUGCAAGUGGGCCACGCGCCUCUGUCGAAGGCUGAUGAGAUGGGAAAGUCGCCCGCCAAGGACGGCGAUGCUACUGAUGCCACCGCCGCCGCCGACGCCAGCGACUUGGAGGUCGGAACGAACCAGACGGACUCGAUGCGCGACUCCAAGGGCAAGCGGACCAAAUGGAUGAGGUUCUACCGGAGGUACAGGCUUCCGGUCCACGUCGUUGUAUGGAUGCUGUUCACCGCAUGGUGGAUCGUCGGCCUCGUCUUCCAGCGCGACAGGCUCGGCUGGCUGAAGCCAUUCCUGGUCUACCUCGCCAUCACCAUCCGGAUCGUCACCCUCUGGCUGCCGGCCGCGGCCGUCAUGGUGCCGCUGCGCUUCGUCUGGGGCCACACCGUCGCCAGGGUCUACGACCUGACGCCCAAGAAGCUGCACCAGCCGCUCGCCGCCCUGCUGACCAUCGGCGUCUUCCUCGUCGGCUCCAUGAUCCCCGACGACGUGGGCGAGAACACGCGCGCCAGCCGCGCCAUCUCCCUCUUCGGCCUGCUCCUCAUGAUCGCCCUGCUGACCGCCACCUCGCGCGACUGGCGCAAGAUCCCCUGGCACACCGUCAUCGGCGGCAUGCUGACCCAGUUCGUCAUCGCCGUCUUCGUCCUCAAGACGAGCGUCGGCUACGACAUCUUCGCCUUCAUCUCCGAGAUGGCCCGCACCCUGCUGGGCUUCGCAAAGGAAGGCCUCGAGUUUCUGACCGACGAGGAGGUGCCCACGCGCACCUGGUUCCUCAUCUCCGUCAUCCCGGCCAUCAUCUUCUUCAUCUCGCUCGUCCAGCUGCUCUACCACUGCGGCUUCCUGCAGUGGUUCAUCAAGAAGUUCGCCGUCUUCUUCUUCUGGUCCCUCCGCGUCUCCGGCGCCGAGGCCGUCGUGGCCACGGCGACCCCCUUCAUCGGCCAGGGCGAGUCAGCCAUGCUGAUCAAGCCCUUCGUGCCGUAUCUCACGCUCUCCGAGAUCCACCAGGUCAUGACCUGCGGCUUCGCCACCAUCGCCGGGUCGGUGCUCGUGGGCUACAUCAGCCUCGGCCUCGACGCCCAGGUGCUCGUCUCGUCGUGCGUCAUGUCGAUCCCGGCCAGCAUCGCCGUGUCGAAGCUGCGGUACCCGGAGACCGAGGAGAGCCUCACCAAGGGCAGCAUCACGGUGCCCGACGACGACGAGAAGGCGUCCAACGCCAUCCACGCCUUCGCCAACGGCGCCUGGUUCGGCCUCAAGGUGGCCGGCAUGAUCCUGGCCACUCUCCUCUGCAUCAUCUCCUUCGUCGCCCUCAUCAACGGCGUCCUGGGAUGGGUCGGUAGGUAUCUCGGCAUCCACGACCCGCCCUUGACCCUUCAGCUCAUCCUGGGCUACAUCCUCUACCCGGUGGCCUGGUGUCUCGGAGUGCCGAACAAGGACCUGCUCGUCGUUGGCGAGCUCAUUGGCAUGAAGAUCAUCACCAACGAGUUUGUCGCCUUCAAGUCGCUCUCUAGCAAUGUCGAGCCCUACGUGUCCAUGUCUGCCCGAUCCAAGCUCAUCGCCACUUACGCUUGCUGCGGUUUCGGCAACAUCGGAUCUCUCGGCACGCAGAUUGGUGUCCUCUCCCAGAUCGCCCCUGGCCGUGCUGGCGACGUCUCGCGCGUUGCACUGUCGGCCUUGUUUGCCGGCGUUCUGUCGACCCUGACCUCGGCCAGCGUUGCUGGCAUGCUGUACACUGGGUAG